AUGCGGUUCGGAACCACCCUCCGCAAGAACAUCUACCCGCCUUGGAGGGAACACUAUGUCGACUACGAUAGGCUUAAGAGGUUGCUGAAGGAGAGCGAUACUGGCUCAAUCGACUCCGAGUCCGAGACCUGGACCGCCGACGAUGAGAGCGCAUUUGUUGACGAGCUUAUGAACACCCAAUUGCACAAGGUGCACAAGUUCCAGACAGACAUGUCGCAACAGCUGCGCGAUCGGACUUCAGCAUGCGAAAAGAAGCUCGAGCCAUUGGCCUUGGGGCCAAAGGAAAAGGAGAUAGAGACUGAAGGAGAGGAUGCAGGCGCAAAAGGCAAAGAAAGGGAAGGAGUCAGUCCGGAGGAGAGGGAGAAGAUUCUGAAGGAGACGCUCGAGGAGCUCGACAACAUCACAAAGGAGGUCAAGGAGCUGGAGAAGUUUAGUAGGCUCAACUACACUGCCUUCUUCAAGGCGACCAAGAAGCACGAUCGGAAACGCGGGCAGGCGUAUCGUUUGCGACCAUUUCUCGAGACCAGACUUGCGGCGCAUCCAAUCAACUCGGAGGACUACUCCCCGUUGGUCAUCAGAUUAUCGGCUAUGUACUCUUUCGUCCGGCAGAGCUUGGAGGGAAAGCCCAAGGAAGCCCUCUCUUUUGCUGAGAGCACCUCAGGCGGGGAAGGCUUCACGUCGCACAAAUUCUGGGUACAUCCUGACAACAUCCUCGAAGUCAAAACAGUCAUCCUCCGUCGCCUACCCGUUCUCGUCUACAACCCGCAAUCCUCCAAGAUUGCCGACGGCGCUCAACGCGACCCGACCAUUACAUCCAUAUACUUUGACAAUCCUAAUUUCUCCCUUUAUACCGCCAAGGUCAACAACACGCCGAAGGCAGGAUCGCUUCGCCUACGCUGGUACGGCCAGCUUGCGGAGAAGCCAGAGAUCUUUUUUGAGAAGAAAGUGAUGAAGGAAGGAGACACGAGCGAGGAGCAGCGCUUCCCGAUCAAGGACAAAUACAUUGAACCCUUCAUCCAAGGAGAAUACAAAAUGGAGAAGAGCAUAGCGAAGAUGGAAAGACAGGAGAAGAGCGAGCAGGAAGUUGACCAACUGCGGAAGGCAGCAGGUGACAUUCAGACGUUCAUCAAGGAGAACGAUCUGCAACCUGUACUACGUGCCAACUACACACGCACGGCAUUCCAGAUCCCAGGCGACGACCGCGUCCGCAUAUCACUAGACACGAACCUAGCCUUUAUUCGCGAAGACGCUCUCGAUCAUGAUAGGCCAUGCCGAGAUCCGGAGGACUGGCAUAGACGGGACAUUGACCGCGCGCAGAUGGAGUACCCCUUCAACGCCAUCCGCAAAGGCGAAAUCAACCGCUUCCCCUUCGCCGUCCUCGAAAUCAAGACCAAGGGCAUGAAGAGAUACGAAUGGGUCGACGACCUCAUGAACUCGCACCUCGUCAAAGAGACGCGCCGCUUCUCCAAGUUCGUCCACGGCGUCGCCAUGCUCUUUGAAGACUACGUCAACACCUUCCCCUUCUGGCUCGGCGACGUCGACACGGACAUCCGUCGCGAGCCCCAGCAAGCCUUUGAAGAAGAGCAGGAACGCAAGAAGCGCGAAGCCGAAACCGAGUUCGCCGUAGGAAGCCUCUUCGGCGCCCGUGCCAGCCCCAGCUACCAGCCCAAAGCGCAGUCCCCCGUCGGCUCACCCGAAGCCACGUACGGGAAAUCUUUCCCCAAGACCCUCACUCCGGCUCGUCCCUCCCCGCUCAACCGGGAAUCUAACGACAGCGCCCAAGGCGGCGCCGGCGGUGAAGCGAUCGACUCGGACGAAGAAGGCGUGCACGGCACCCGCAUCGAAGAAGCGAGCGGCGGACCCUCCAUCUUCUCCCGCACCGGACCCGCAGCACUCGCCUCCCUCUUCCCGUCCUUCGCCUCCUCCAACUCCCGAUAUGCGCGCAAGCAGAAGCAAAAAGCGAAGGACGCAGGUCGAAGAGACAGCACAUUACCUCCCGGCAUCCGGCCGCCCGGGACCUGGAUCAAGGACCAAGGCCCCGUGCGCGUCGAAGCCAAAGUCUGGCUCGCCAACCAGCGCACCUUCAUAAAAUGGCAGCACGUCUCGGUGCUCCUCGCCUCGCUGUCCCUGGGCUUGUACAACGCAGCGGGCGAGCAUAACGAUGUCGCGCGCGCUCUGGCGGUGGUGUAUACGUGCUUCGCGCUGUUUGCGCUGUGCUGGGGCUAUUGGCUGUAUAUGUGGAGGAAUGAGCUCAUUAGGAAGAGGUCCGGGAAGGACUUUGAUCGCGUGGCGGGGCCGUUGGUCGUGUGUGGGGGGUUGGUGGUGGCGCUGUGUUUGAAUUUCGGGUUCAAGGUAUGUGCGGAUUUCUUUUUCUUUCUCUCUUUCUCCUGA